AUGGGGACCAAGCUUAAUUUUAGUAGUGCCUACCACCCCCAAACAGAUGAUCAAACUGAGGUGGUAAAUCGAAGCUUGGGGAAUCUUUUAAGGAGUUUAGCUGGAAAUAAGCCAAAGCAGUGGGACCUGGCUUUGUCACAAGCAGAGUUUGCUUACAACCGGUCCAAGAAUAGAACGACUCAGUUGAGCCCUUCUGAGAUUGUGUAUGGGCAAAACCCAUCGGGAGUGCUUGACCUAGCACCUAUUCCCCGUAUUGGUCGAUUGAGUAUUAAGGCUGAUGAAAUGAUAGAUUAUCUUCGAGGAGUUCAUGACCAGGUCAAGAAAGCGAUAGAAGAUAGCAAUGUUAAGUACAAAGCACAAUCCGACAGCCAUAGACGCAAGGUAACUUUUGAGGUUGGUGAUUUAGUUUGGGUUGUACUCACACGUGAUCGUUUCCCUGUUGGUGAGUAUAACAAGCUACGAGAGAGGAAGAUUGGGCCUUGUGAGAUUCUGCAAAAGAUAAAUGACAAUGCAUACCGACUACGUCUUCCAAGUCAUUUAAAGACCUCUGAUGUGUUCAAUGUGAAGCAUUUGACUCCAUGUUUUGUUGAUGCAGACAAAGACAACUUGAACUCGAGGGCGAGUUCUUUCCUACCCGGGGAGACUGAUGCAGGACAAUAA